AUGGCAGAACUUAUGAAGAACCCAAAAGCAAUGGAGAAAGCCCAUAAGGAAAUGAGGCAUGCAUUGGGAAGAAAAAAGGUGGAAGAGAGUGACAUAUCUCACUUAGAGUAUAUGAAGUUAGCACUCAAGGAGACCCUCAGGUUACAUCCUCCAGUACCGAUGUUGGUCUCAAGAGAAUCCAUGGAGAAAUGUACAUUAGAAAGAUAUGAAAUCCCUGCCAAAACAAGAGUUUUUGUGAAUGCAUUGGCUAUAGGAAGACAUCCAAACCACUAUGAUGACCUGGAAAACUUCAACCCGGAAAGGGACCUUCCUAAUGGAAUGGCACCAGAGGACUUGGACCUGACAAAGACAAUUGGAAUGACCGUGGCUAGGAAGAUGACCUAA